UUGAGAAGUUGAAUGGCUGAAUCGUAUUAGAUACACAUGCCUGAGUAUCUAACUUGAUAAAGUGCCUAGGCUGGAUGCCCGCAAGGUUGGCUUUGGCGGUGAUGGCGUGGUUCGGCUUCAUCAACCUGUAUAUGGUGAGGAUCAAUUUGUCCGUCAUCAUCGUGGCAAUGGUGCGCCGGAAUACGACUGUGGCUACCGCACCUCCAUGUCUCAGCAACUACAACAGCACACACGGAAGUUCUGGAGAGCAAGAACGUUUUAAUACUGAUGAGGAGGGGGAGAUGGACUGGGACGAGACGAUCCAGGGACUUGUACUAGCUGGUUUCUUCUACGGUUAUGUUGUAUCGCAGGUUAAACGCUGAAUCCUUAGUCCUUCUCACAGGAUCGAAAGCAGUAUCCUAAAACGAAAAUCGUUGUAUUUUGAACAUUUAUAUAAGACAGUUUUUACUAUGCAAAAUCAUUUUGAUAUCUCGUCGAUCUCGGCAGAUCCCUGGUGGUCGGAUGGCGGAGCUAUAUGGGACGCGGUGGGUGUUCGGAAUCUGCAUCUUGGCAGGGGGAGUCUGCGCUCUGCUGUCCCCCGUCGCCGCCCGCGCUCACUAUGGCGCCUUUAUUGCUCUCAGGAUUGUGCAGGGAAUAUUUCAGGGUGUCUCAUGGCCGGCCAUGCAUUCGUGCAUUUCUCACUGGAUUCCGCCGCUUGAAAGGCCGAGGUUCAUCGCCGUAGUUUACUUUGCCGCAGCACUGAGCACUUCGUUCACGCUGCCCCUGUGCGGCGUGAUCAUCGCGGCGCACGGGUGGGCAGCGGCCUUCUACGUGACGGGCGCGCUGUCCCUCGUCUGGUGCGCCUUCUGGUUCGCCUUCAUGCACGACUCGCCCAGGCAGCAUCCCAGGAUCACACCGGAAGAACUGAAGUACAUCGAGGAGACGCUGCAAAGGUCUGGCACGAACACCAGCCGGGCAGUGAAGCUUCCCCUGAAGAGCAUCCUGAGAAGUAUGCCUGUCUGGGCGAUCAUCGUAGCCAGCGCCGGCAACACCUGGGGCCUCACUGUGUUCCUCGCCAAGCUGCCCACGUACAUGAAGAACAUCCUUGGGUUUACCAUAACAGAGAAUGGGUUCCUGUCGGCCCUCCCGUUCCUGCUGCGCUACAUGGGGGCCAUCAUAUGGAGUUCCCUCGGGGACUGGCUGACCAAACGCGGCUUCCUGUCCAUCUGUGCUUCGCGGAGAAUAUUUAGCGCUAUUGCAUUGUGGGGUCCUGCAGUAAUGGUUCUUGGCGUUGCACACUCGGGCUGCAAUUGGCAAGCAACUGUAAUACUGAUUUGUUUAGCGCUCUUCUGUAAUGGUGCCGUGACUGCUAGCAUCAUUGUCAACCACACUGAUAUCGCCCCUAAUUUUUCAGGCACUUUGCUCGGCAUGGAUAAUACGUCUGCAAGCAUUGUGGCCUUCAUCGUACCUGUGGUUAUAGGAGUCAUGACGAAGGGGCAGCAAACCCUUGGCCAGUGGCAGAAGGUGUUCUGGAUCUGCGUCCCGAUAUACAUCCUCGCGGAGAUUUUCUACCUCAUCUUCUGCUCAGGCGACGUUCAGCCCUGGAAUUGCGGGGACGAAGACCAGCCGAAGCCCGAUCAGCAAAGCACGGCCAAUACUCCUCCCACAGAGAUGGCCAAACUCAAACAGGACCAGAAUACAAAUGCAUAGGAUUUAAAUAUUUUUUUCGCCAUAAAUGUUUUGUUUCACAUGUUUUUAUUCUUCGUUUAGGUAAAUCACUACGCUGCUCUGUCGGAUGAGGAGUGGUUGGGAAAUGCUUGUUCCUUACUUUCAUUUCCCUGAUUGUUUGUUUUUCUUUAUAUUUGUCCUGAUAUAUAUAUAUUUUUUCUUACCAUGCUUCUUCGUCUAUUGUAUAUAUAAUCAGAUUUUAUUAUAGAAGAUCGCAAACCCAACAUGUAUUCCAAAGUAUCCGAAUGUAUUAAUAAAUUUCAUGGUCA